AUGAGGGAGUCCGCUUCGGUCUGGAUUGAACGAGGUAGCGACGGCCGUGCCUACUUUGUCAGAAAGAAGCCGACACUCCCCUCGGUCAGGAGACGUAUAUGUGAAGCCCUGUUUCCUCGAACUGCGCGCUCACUCUGGUCUUUUAGGGACCCCCGCCUUAAUCACCACGUUCAGGGCAUGUCUGCGGCGAACAAUGACAAGCUACCCGCGUUGCCUGCGCCCAACUCACCGAAUUCGCCCUUUCCACAAACAAACAACCCGUCUCCCAUGGAUCCUACCUCGCAGGGUCAACCCCAGCCCGUUACCAUGUAUCUCCUCCCUCCUCAGCAAAACCCAGAACCUCCACAGCUAAAAGGCCAUGACAAGCCAGGGAGUUUCGCCAACCCACUACCACAAUUCUUGCCAUUCGCUCCGCAUCCUUCUAUGUAUCCAAUGCCGCCUCAUCCCAUGGCAGCGCAGCCGCAGUCACAGCCGCAGCCUUUCUUUCCACAGCCGAUUCCAUUCUCGAAUCAGCCUCCACCUUUUCCCGCCGCUCCCCCAGAUGCGACGUCUGUGGAAGGUUCAGAUCGACGAGAUACCACUACAAGCACCCAAUUCCGCCUGGACAACUUCCUGCCAAAACAAUCUGCCGGAAAUGCCGGGAAGAAGCUACGGACAGUGAAGAGUGCAGUAGUUCAGACAGUUAUCGAUCAGGCAGGUCACAAAAACACCGUUCACGGGGCUCUAGACGAAGAAGUAGAUCGGCGCAUAGAAGACAAGCGCACCACUCUCGAAGGCGUGCUCACUCAAUGCGGCGUGGCAGAUCGUCUGAUGAAGGCCAUUCCCGAUAUGGAGACUCACCAGAUUCAAACUCGGAUUCGUCACAUGCAGAACGAGACCGAAUCCACGACAGAGAGCGUCGACGCAGUCGUGGACCCUCAGUACCACAGAUGCAGAGACUACGGCUCUCGCCACGUGAAGACAGAGUUUUCUACGACGAAGACCCUUGGAGGAGGAGUGGUUUGGAUGACUCUAGACGGUUUGACGGAGAGGAAUAUGAACAAUGACAGUGGCAGUGUCCAUGUCCCUGCAAGGGCGUCGUCGCGAGGGCGAAGAACCAUCCGACGACAUUAUUCGAAUGUCUAUGUGGGAAGCCCGCAAGCAGCAGAGCAACAUGUGGAACGGUACGAAUACAUCGCGCAGCCUCCUUUCAGACCACAGCAGCAGCGAUACGCUCCCCAACAGGGCCCAGCACCGCUCCCAAGUGUGAGAGCCAUCUCACGACCUGUGCACAAUCGAGCUUCGAGCCGCUCCAAGCACCAUCAAGCACUAGAGCACUAUGAGAGAGAUAGUGAGGAAGGAGACAGACGGCCGCGAUCGAGAUCUAUUCGACGGGGCCGGCUCAGAAGCAGGGAGACAAACCUCGACCAUGAUGCUGCCAGUCAGGAUAGACGCGGGCGCCGGCUAGUGUAUGCCCCUAGCCCACCUCCAGCUCGUUCCUCGUCCCUAGGCUACAUGGCAGGACCUGGAAUGGAUGAAAGCGAACACCAUCAAGCUCGUUUUGAGGAGACCCAGCACUGUCGACCGAGGUCUCGACCCCUGGAAGCGGAACCAACGGGUUCGAGUGUGCUGAGACCGGGGGAUGAAUUGACAGUUAUCGAAAGACAUGUGCCCAGACCCAGUCAGGAUUACGAUUGGUAUGACAAUGAGGGGAUCAGGCUACCGGUGACCAUCCCAGUCGAUGCCAAAAACGGCAUGCGCUUUUUGGGCCAGCGUUCCAUCUGUGGCACGAGACCCAGUAGGCGGGAGGAGCGAAAAGCCAGCCAGCCCGUCUGGACCGGGGACUCCUGGUCCCAUGGCGUGAAAACCACCCAUGAGAAUAUGCUGAUGGGGGUGGUGCUUGUUGCUGAACAGAUGGUGGGGAUGUCAGGUACAAACCCGAAAGUGGCAUUCGCAUGGAUGAUAGCCAACCAGACAGACAAGCCGGGCUUGGAUCGAGAUUGCUUCAGAUGGAGGGGCUAA